CCCAUUCUCCUCUGCCCGCGCCGUUUGAUAUAUAUUUUCUGUGCUCCUUUGUAGGGGGGAGUAUGUGGUUGUGGACUUGUGGAGUAUGAUUUUGUUUUAGAAACUUUUUGUGGCUUUGUGAAUUGUAGUCGAAGACAUAGUGAGGCGAAGCUAAGAAAUGGCUUCCGGAGGAGGUUCUGAACCAUCAAUGCAGCGACAGACAACGAGGAGCCAGACGGUGGGAAACAUAGGAGAGUCUAUGUUUGAUAGUGAGGUGGUCCCAUCGUCACUGGUCGAGAUUGCCCCCAUUCUUCGUGUUGCCAAUGAAGUUGAGCCCAGCAACCCCCGAGUUGCUUAUCUCUGUCGGUUUUAUGCCUUUGAGAAGGCUCAUCGCCUGGACCCCAACUCAAGUGGACGUGGUGAACGACAAUUUGAUACUGCACUUUGGCAUACAAUUUUGGAGAAUGGUCCAACCAUGAUGAGGGGCAGGGUGAAAAAAAGUGAUGCCCGAGAAAUGCAGAGCUUUUACCAGCAUUACUACAAAGAGUACAUCCAAGCUUUGCAAAAUGCUACUGGUGAAGCUGAUCGCGCACAGCUUACAGAAGCCUACCAAACUGCAAAUGUCCUCUUUGAGGUCUUGAAAGCAGUCAAUCAGACUCAAUCUGUGGAAGUGGAUCGUGAGGUUUUAGAAACUCAUGAUAAAAUUGCUGAAAAGCCAGACCCAUAUGAUAGGCUUCCUCUUGAUCCUGACAGUGUGAACCAUGCUAUCAUGAAAGAUCCAGAGAUUCAAGCUAUUGUUUGUGCUCUUCGAAAUACCAGGGGUCUUCCAUGGCCCAAGGAUUACAAGAAGAAGAAAGAUGAAGACAUUCUUGAUUGGCUUCAGUCGGUAUUUGGUUUUCAGAAAGACAAUGUUUCAAAUCAAAGAGAGCAUUUGAUAUUAUUGUUGUUAGCUAAUGUUCACAUACGACACUUUCCAAAGCCUGACCAACAGCCUAAGUUGGAUGAACAUGCGCUAAAUGAUGUAAUGAAGAAGCUUUUCAAGAAGUACAAGAAAUGGUGCGAGCGCUUAGGUCGCAAAAGUAAUCUAUGGUUGCCAAUCAUACAACAGGAAGUGCAACAACGAAAAAUUUUAUACACGGGGCUGUAUCUUCUUGUAUGGGGUGAAGCUGCAAAUUUGAGAUUCAUGCCAGAAUGCUUAUGCUAUAUAUAUCAUCAUAUGGCUUUUGAAGUCUAUGGCAUGCUAGCUGGCAGUGUCAAUCCCAUGACUGGUGAAAACAUGAAGCCUGCCUAUGGAGGAGAAGAAGAGGAUGUUUUCUUGAGAAAAGUUGUUACACCAAUUUCUGAAGUGAUUGCACAAGAGGCUGCAAGGAGGGGACAAGGAAGAUCAAAGCAUUCCCAGUGUAGGAACUUAUAUCAUGAUAUAAACGAAUACUUUAGGUCUGUAGAUUGCUUCAGUAGGUUAGGUUGGCCCAUGCGUCCUGAUGCUAAUUUUUUUUGCUCACCCCUGAGUGAGCUUCGGUCUCGGAAGAAUGUUGGUUUUCUUAUAUCUUCAUUUUUUCGAACUUCUGUUUGUUUUGGAUCUAGGGAACCGUCUUCCAGAUCUAAGAUUUUUCAGAUCUUGAAACUGUGUAUGAUGAUGAUCAAAAUGAAAAUCAGAUGUCAAUGUUGGGAGUGCUGUUGUUCAUGAAGUGCUGUUGUUCCAGCCCUGGGAGGGCUUCUGCCGUUGCUGCCGUCCAUGGCAGCUUCCCUUCACUCUUUUGUUUUGUUUUCUUUUGUUUCGAGAAUUGACUGCUUUGAAAUGGAUGAAGUUUGUAUUAAAAUUGUGGAUGUAUUUGACAGUGGGUGUCAAAGUUUGUCUGUAUUUACUUGGUAAAUACAAGAACUUUUACUAU